AUGCUCCAAGAGUCCCAUCACAUGCCGGUGCUCGAGUCGGCGGACGUCUUCCUCGCCCAGGGCUCGGAAGCCUUCCAUGCUUCUCUGGCUGCGCAGCUCGAAGCAUCCAUGGGCAAGUCCAUGCCGCAGCUCGAGAUUCGCUUCCAGGACCUCGCCAUCUCGGCCGAUGUUGCCGUCGCCACCAAGGACGGCCACGAGCUCCCGACCUUGUUCAACCACGCCAAGAAGUCGGUCAUGGGCCUCUUCAGCUCCAAGCGCGUGAUCCGAAAAGACGUGCUGCACCCGAUGUCCGGUGUCUUCAAGCCCAGCACGACAACGCUCCUCCUCGGUCAGCCCGGCUCGGGCAAGUCGUCGCUCAUGAAGAUCCUCUCAGGCCGCUUUCCCAUGCACAAGAACAUCACGCUCUCGGCCUACAUGAGCCAGCGCGACUUUCACUACCCGACCUUGACCGUCAAGGAGACGCUCGCCUUUGCCCAUGCAUGCAGUGGCGGCGCCGCCGUGCCUCAGCGCGUCCUCGACUCGCUUGAGAGUGGCUCGCCCGAAGAGAACGCACAAGCGCAAAACGUCAUCCAGUCGCUCUACAACGUCUACCCGGACAUUAUCACGCGCCAAAUGGGUCUUGUCAACUGCAAGGACACGAUCGUCGGCAACGCCAUGCUCCGUGGUGUCUCGGGCGGUGAGCGUAAGCGCGUCACCGUCGGUGAGAUGGAGUUUGGUAUGAAGCUCGUUUCGUUCAUGGACGAGAUCAGCACGGGCCUCGACUCGGCGGCGACGUAUGAUAUCGUCAAGUCGCAGAAGAGCAUGGCCGAGUCGCUCAAGAAGACGAUCGUGAUUGCACUGCUGCAGCCGUCGCCCGAAGUCUACAACCUCUUUGACGAAGUGGUUCUCAUGAACGAAGGCCACGUCAUGUACCACGGUCCGCGCGCGCUCUGCUUGGAGUAUUUCGAGUCGCUCGGCUUCAAGUGCCCGCCCAAGCGCGACGUGGCCGACUUUCUGCUCGACCUCGGCACGCCGCAGCAGGCGCAGUACAUCGUCGACGGGACGACGUCGGUGCCGCGCACGCCCAGCGAUUACGCCGAUGUGUUUCGUCGGUCGGCGAUCUUUGCCGAGAUGAUGAGCCACCUGGAAGGCCCGCACCACCCGCUGCUGCUCGCGGACGCGGCCAAGCACAUGGCCGAGAUGCCUGCGUACCAAGUGCCGUACGUGCAGAGCACGCAGCAGCUCAUUGCGCGCCAAAUGAAGGUCUUCCUCCGCAACACGGCGUUCGUCAAGAGCCGCUUCAUCAUGGUGCUGGUCAUGGGUCUCCUCUACGCGUCGACGUUCUACCAAGUGGACUCGUCCAACCCGGUCAUCGUGCUCGGUGUCAUCUUUACGUCGGUGCUCUUCCUCGCACUCGGCCAAGUGCCGCUCAUGCCGGCGGCGCUCGAGGCGCGCAACAUUUACUACAAGCAGCGCGGCGCCAACUUUUUCCGGACCUCGUCGUUCAUUCUGGCGCAGUCAUUCACCCAAGUGCCGUUUGCGUUGGGGGAGACCUUGGUGUUUGGCGCCAUCAUGUACUGGAUGACGGGCUUUGUGUCGACGGCCGGCGCGUUCCUCGUCUACUUGCUGCUGCUCUUUCUGACCAACUUGUCGUUCGCGUCGUGGUUCUUCUUCCUCGCGGUCGUCUCGCCCGAUCUCCAUGUGGCCAAGCCGCUCUCGAUGAUGUCGGUGUUGAUCUACGUGCUCUUUGCGGGCUUUGUCAUCUCGCCGUCCAUCAUCCCCGACUACUUUAUCUGGCUCUACUGGCUCAACCCGCUCUCGUGGUGCAUGCGCGCGCUCUCGAUCAACCAGUACUCGUCGUCCGAGUUCCAAGUCCCGGUCUACAAGGGCGUCGACUACAUGAAGCUCAAGAACGACACCAUGGGCAACGUCAUGCUCGAGACGUUUGGCCUCGAGACCGACACGAUCUGGAUCUGGUACGGCGCCAUCUACCUCGCGGCGUCCUACUUUGUGUUCCUCGGUCUUUCGUACCUCGCCCUCGAAUACAAGCGCUACGACGCGCCCGAGAACGUCUCGGUGAUGGUUGACGACGACGAGACGACAAUGGACGACUACCAGAAGGCGCCCAAGACCCCCGCGCACAGCAGUGAUGACGUCGCCGUCAAGGUCGCAGGCUCGUCGUCGACGUCUGUGCCGGCCACGCUCGCGUUCAAGGACCUCUGGUACUCGGUGCCCAACCCGACCAAGGGCGAGCCGGACCUCCAGUUGCUCAAGGGUAUCAACGGCUACGCUCUUCCCGGCACGAUCACGGCGCUCAUGGGCUCGUCCGGCGCGGGCAAGACCACCUUGAUGGACGUCAUUGCCGGUCGCAAGACGGGCGGCAAGAUCGAAGGUCAGAUUCUUCUGAACGGCUACCAGGCCACGGACCUCGCGAUCCGUCGUGCGACGGGCUACUGCGAGCAGAUGGACAUCCAUAGCGAGAGCGCGACGUUCCGCGAGGCGUUCCAGUUUAGCGCGAUGUUGCGCCAGUCCGACGAGAUCCCAACGGAAGAAAAGAUGGCGUUUGCGGAAGAGUGCCUCGAGCUCCUCGACAUGAAGAACCUCGGCGACAAGAUCAUUCGUGGCGCGUCGGUCGAGCAGAUGAAGCGUCUGACGAUCGGUGUCGAGCUUGCGGCGGCCCCGAGCAUUCUCUUCUUGGACGAGCCGACGUCCGGCCUCGACGCUCGGUCGGCCAAGAUCAUCAUGACGGGCAUCCGCAAGAUUGCCUCGACAGGUCGCACGGUGGAACGCGCGUCGUUCUACCGCGAGCGCGCGUCGCAGACGUACAACGCGCUCUGGUACUUUGUCGGGUCGACGCUGGCCGAGAUCCCGUACUGCCUCGUCACGACGUUUGCUUUCACCAUCAUCUUUUACCCGUUUGUUGGCUUGAACGAGUCGGUCGGCGCGUGCCUCUUUUACGGCCUCAACCUCUCUCUCCUCGUCUUGAUGAACGUCUACUUUGGUCAGCUCAUGUCGUACUGCAUGCCCCGCGUCGACGUUGCUGCGCUCAUGGGUGUCCUCCUCAACUCGAUCUUCUUCCUCUUCAUGGGCUACAACCCGCCCGCGUCGCAGAUCCCGAACGGCUACCGCUGGCUCUACCACAUCACACCGCCCAAGUACUCGGUCGCGCUCCUCGUCGCCGAGACGUUCGCCAAGUGCACGGACGACACCCAGAUCGGCUGCAAGUUCAUGCCAGAGGACGGCAUUCCGCCGAGCCUCUUUGCCGAGUUUGGCACCAAGAAGAUUCGCGUCAAGGACUAUGUCGAGAAGGUCUACGAGAUGAACUACGACGACAGGUGGACCAACUUUUUCGCGGUCAUUGGCUUCAUCCUGCUCUGGCGCAUCCUCGCACUCCUCUCGCUGCGCUAUAUCAACCACCAAAAGAGAUAA